AUGGCCUCUUUCAAUGUUAUUAUCAUAGGCGCAGGAUUGUCCGGAGCUUUGCUUGCCAAUGGACUUUUUAACAAUGGAGUUCAAGUUGCGAUCUAUGAGAGAGACGACAAGGAGACUAACCGCGAGGGCUACCAUAUUUACUUGGGGUCACCAGCACUGGCCGGCUUUAAGGCUUGUCUCAACAGUCAACAGCUGGAUGCUGUACUUGGGAAACUGGGUCGAAACUCAUCCAAGACGAUGUUCACAGCACCCACGGUUCAUGACGCUCAAUUCAGAAAAAUAAUUGAGCUUGUCAAAGUGCCUUUCUACGCCAAGUCAACCCCCAUCAAUCGAUCGACACUUCGUCGGCUCCUUCAUGAACCACUCCAAAAAGCCGGAUGCGCGUUUUACGGUCACAUCUUCCAGUCUUACGAGCACUUCGUUGAUGAAUAUGGUUGUGACAAGAUUCGAGUGCAGUUCACCGAUGGCACAACUGCUACUUGUGAUGUUCUUAUUGGGGCGGAUGGGAGCGCUUCCAGGGUAAACUAUCAAGUUGGCGCCAGAAACCUGGUACCUCUGCCGACAAAGAUCUCGUUCCUUGACAAAGGUCGCCUUCCGUAUAGCAAGCUUCGUGAACUUCCAGAGGUACUUCAAAAAGGUCCAGUAUUCGCAUUCUCAAAAGGCAUUGUACUCCUCUUUGCUGUCUAUCUGCCCCCGAAAUCUACAUCCGUCUCGAAGGAUGUGAUCGACAAAAACCAACCUGUCUACGAAGAAGAAGAAGCAUCAUGGUACUGGAGCCUCACGGUCGACAGAGAUAUGAUCCCGUUCAUUCAACUCUCUGACAUUCCUCAACGCCGAAUCUUUUGUCAAAGUCUAGUCAAGACUUGGUCUCCUGAGUAG